AUGGAGCCAUCAUCAAGCGCUGCCCGCGCCUUGACAGCCCGCACCGUCCACCUCAAACUCUAUCCAACCCCAAGAACCUUCCCCGAGCGCCGCGAAGUCCUCCGUGUCCUCGAACGUUUUGGCGAAGUGAGCAUGUUCCGUUCUCUCAAAUACAAUCGCAAAAAUCACAACCCAGUCCACAAUGCCUUCCUCGCCCUCUUCACCACAUCCUCCUCCGCCACCGACCUCCUAAAUGCCUCUCCCCUACGCUACCGCCUCGUAACCUCUCCCUCCGAACCCUCUUCUCCUGACCCCCAAACAACGACGUUCUCCCUCAAUGCCUCGCCCACAACCUGGGACCACCAAGCUGGCUUAACAGGGUCACAGAACCCGCUCCAUGGGCCCUUUCGUCCCAUUUCGCCGCGCUACUCGUACGUAGGGUCAUCGCUGGAACGGGUUGUGCCCGAGUCUUUGUGGUCGCGGGGACUGCUGGAUUGGGAGACGGAUAAAGGGGAGGAGGUUGUGGAUGGGAAGGUUGAUGGGGUGCGGAUGAGUGUUUCGGGGGAGGGGAUUGGAAGGAGGGUUGCGGGUUUGCAGAAUUGGGAUGCUGGGAAGAUUGGAGAGGGGAAGAGGCCGGAGAUCAUGAAGGGGUUGAGGCGGUUUUUGGAGAGCAGGGAGGGGAUACGAGGAGAGAAAGGAACUGAAGGACGGGAAGGGUGA